CUGAGGGGCAGACAUUACAGUUGGACACCAUGACUGUGGAACUGUUCCUCGACCUUCAUUCGCAGCCUUGCCGAGCAGUCUACCUCUUUGCCAAGAAAGCCAACAUUCCAUUUGAAUACAAGAAGGUGGAUUUGGCCUCAGGUGAGCAGUAUGGAGAAGAGUUCGGCCAGAUCAGCAUGGUGCGCAAGGUUCCUGUGCUGAAGGAUGGAGACUUCAUCCUCACUGAGAGCAUAGCCAUCCUGAUGUAUCUGGCUGAGAAGUUCAGCACACCUGAUCACUGGUACCCUGCAGAGCCACAGAAGAGAGCUCGGGUUAACGAGUAUCUGUCCUGGCAGCACAAGGCUAUCCGGGAGAGUGGCUCAAAGAUCUUCUGGUUCAGGGCAAUGGUGCCCCUGCUCACGGGAGCCCCUGUGGACCAGGAGAGGAUGGACUCAGCGGUGGAGGAUCUGACCAGCUCGCUGACCAUAUUUGAAGAGAAGUUCCUCCAGAAGAGGUCCUUCAUCCUAGGGCAGGAUAUUUCCCUGGCUGACCUGGUUGCUAUCGUGGAACUGAUGCAGCCGGUUGGCACAGGCUUAGACGUGUUUGAGGGGCGCCCCCUGCUGGGUGAGUGGAGAGACAGGGUGAAGAAGGAGCUUGGGGAGUCUCUGUUUGACGAAGCCCAUCACGUCAUCAUGAAUGCUCACACCCUGCCACAGGAACUGGAGGACAAAGGCAUGCUGGAGUUCCUCAAGCCCAGGCUGAAGAAGCUCUUCAACUGAUCAAGAGUCCCACACAAGGCCUGACACUGUUGUGUGCUACAGAAAUGCUAUAUUUUCUGUCAUUUCUGUUAUUCUGCUUUUUUUUUUUGAACUUGUAAAGGUAAUUCAUAAGAUAACCAAAAGACAUACAAUACUUACUGUAUAUGUAUGCUAUUGCAUGCAAAUAUAAUUAAUGGCCAAACUGUGUGAAGACAAAGCAUUUACAUUGUAUUUCACAAUAUACAACACAAUAUUUGCCAUUUUAUUGUUUGUUUUUAGAGAGUUAUCUGUAAAUUAUACAUAGCAGGUGUAUUUACAGGUAAGCUAGUGUUUGACUAAUGCUCUCUGAUUUGAAAAUAUAUUCAAGAGUGAGAAGCUCUUCGCACUACGUUACUUCAGACAUUAUAUAAAAAAAUAUAUUGUAUAAGAUUCACAAUAGGAAAGAUAUUGUAUAAGAUACCGGUACACAAUAAGACAGAUAUUGGGGCCAUAAAACUGUUGUAAAUGUGACAUAUGGAUUUGUGAGAGUAUGGAUAAAGAGAUUUACUCACGUUUACACCCAAAACGACUCAACAAGGCCACAUAGCAGACUUCAACAAGGACACUUCUACUGUACAUAGCAGACUUGUAGCGCUGAUGUGUGAAGGUCUACUGUAUGCUCCCGCCUCCCACUGUUCAAAUAAGAUUUCCGACACUCAACAGUUAGCAGUAGAUCUCCAACCAACGUCUAUUAAGGGCCAGAGAUAUUGUUCCACUCUAGAGCCUUGAACCCAGAUCCACAUCCAUGAUGAUGGACUAACAGUUUCUAAUGCAUACUAAACCACACCACACCACUUCAUAAAAGAACCUUUAUUGGUAUUGACAAAAUUGAAACAUAUUCUGAUAAUCAUUCUGAUAAAUGGUGAAUGAACUGACACAGCAAUGAUAUGAUGUAAUAAAUACCAAUAAUAUACCUA